UUUCAGCUCUCAGUUUUUUCCUUCUUAUUAUCAUGAAUUGAUCCUAUAUGGGAUGUUUCAACUGAAACUUUUUGUGUUUGUUGUUGGUUUUGUCUUUUAAUUUAUUUAUUUUUUUGGUGAAACAAAAUAUCUACUAGCUUAUAUAUGCUUAUUCAUUCUUGUGUUUUAAAUCUUGAAGUGUUUUUGUUAUUAGAAGGAAUAGUCUCUCUUUUAAUUUCUUCAAAUAAAUACCACGUGCCUAGGUUAAGUUCAUAAAAGAAAUUAAAACCUGUAUCCUAUGCAAUUCUCUUUACUUGAUGAAAAGUUUCAACGACUGUUUUAUGUUGCUUUUUUAUUUCUUUUCUGAUUUCUUCAAUCUUGAACUUUGAUCAUAACAAUACAAUCUAUAUAUUCAGCUUGAGAGAGAGAGAGAGAGAGAGAGAGAGAGAGAGAGAGAGAGAGAGAGACUAGAUUUUGUGCAAGAAUAUAUAUGUCUUGUACGUUGCAAAUUGAAAGUCAUACAAUAUGUUCUUAAUUUCGAGUAUAAUUAGAUUUUAAGUCCAAGAUAUGAGUAAAUUAUAAAAUUAAAAAAGACAAACUUCCUAACUUAUUAUCUUGUCUCAUUUUUGCAACUGGAAUUCAGUUGUUCUUAUUUUUCUUAGGCUUUCAAUUUCACUGAGAGUCAUAAAUAAAUUGCUUUCUUGAUUGCUAGAUGAGCUUUCUGUUCCACCAUUCUACCUUAUAUAUGUAUGAGAAUGUAAAUAUUAUUUGUAAAGACAUGUGUCGUGUAUUUAUUAGGUCGUAUAAACACCCGGUACGAGACUAUGUCGAAUCUCUCAAAUGUCUUAUUUUUAUACUUAGCUAAUUGUCCAAGGGUGAUCAGAUGAGCUUUGUUUGCACAGAUCAUGGAUUUAGUGUUCAGAAGAAAUUAGAAAAAUAUAGAUGUUAGUCAAUGUUAGUCCACGGGUUCAAGCCGUGGAAACAGCCUCUUGCAGAAAUGCAGGGUAAGGCUGCGUACAAUAGACCCUUGUGGUCCUGCCCUUUUCCGGACCCCGCGCAUAGCGGGAGCUUAGUGCACCCUAUUUAAUUUAAUUCGACAUGUUACAUCUUGAUUUGUUAUAUCAUUUUGUUGCAAGAUUGAGCCGAAAGUAUUUGAUUAAUCGUCUAUAUUUAGGAACUAUAAUCUUGUCUAAUCUCACUUCAUCAUCAUUGUUCUUACAUACAUCAUAUUUCUACUUAGUUUUAAUCCUUACUUUUUGGAGUGCUUCCACAUAGUUCAUGCUUUUGGUUAAUUCCCUUGCUAAUCGUCAAUUAAAACGAUAUUAUCUAAACAUAUAUAGCACGCACUAUGAAACCUUACCAUGUAUGCUAUUUCUAAUUUCAUCCAUCACUAGGAUAAACAAGUACUGGACUCAAUGAAGAAUGAAUGCUGUUUCCAAAAUGUCAAAUAUAUGCAUAAAAGUUAAACCACUUAUAUUCAAUUUUAGUAUAUUGGUAGUUUUCUGAAAUUAUGGUGAAUAUGUGUAGUGAGAUCAAGUUACAGUUUGGUCUUAACAAACUAAUUCUGUGCCAUAUUGAUUGUUGAGUAAUGACUACCAUGAUUCUCAUCCAGUAUUGCGCGUGUGUCUCUCUAAUCGUUGUCAGUGAAGUGAUACUUAUAAAUUUGGGAGUUUUGAUUGUCCUAGGCAAAGGUUACAAAGAUGUUUUUGGCACUAAAUUGAGUUUCAGAUGUCUGCAAUAUUGCCGAGGGUCUAUCGGAAACAGCAUCUCUUCCCUUCCAGGGUAGGGGGUGAUGUUUAUAAUGCAGAUGUAGUCCAUUGGUUUUGGUUAGUUCUUGAUAUUGUUCACCAAAUUCAGUAAAUUAGUUUUUCCAAAGAUGGAAACAUCAAUAUUUGACAUUGAAGUACAAGCCUCAUCUGGAAUUGAUUCUGAUAUCACUAGUCAGGUCGCGUCUAACAUUGAGUUUUCUCAAUUAAGUUCAGAACAUCUGUCACUUGACUUGUCUCUCAGCUUUAAAUCUAGUACCGAUGAAUUAGCCAGCCAAGAUUCGAUAGGAUUUUCAGUAUCCAGCACGUGUGAAAGCAGCAACGAACCCACAACACAAAAUUCAGGAGGAGAAGCAGUUAGAAGAGUUUUCACUUGCAAUUUCUGCAAGCGUAAAUUCUACAGUUCACAGGCUCUUGGCGGUCAUCAGAAUGCACAUAAACGAGAAAGAACGUUAGCAAAACAAGCUAUGAGAAUGGGAAUCUUUUCGGAUCAAAGGUAUGCUAAUUUGGCUGCUCUGCCAUUGCACGUAUCUAGUGCGCGGUCCUUAGGAAUCAAAGCGCAUUCUUCAGUGCACCCCCACGGGUUUCCACCAACAAUGAGAUCACUUGAUUUCAGGGCAAGCGCGAGAUUUGAAUAUGGACAGCAACAGAGUCCGCCAUUAUACGUAGAGGAUAUCGACGAGGCUGAUCAAUUAUUAUGGCCUGGUAGUUUUCGCCAAGUUACUAACACUGAUGUCUCUCAUCAUCCUACUUUUGCUUUUGCUGGAUGUUCAAAUAUGACUUCUUUAGAAUGGACUCCAUCUGUUGAAAAAGAUGAGUUGACACCAGAUCUUACACUGAGGCUUUGAGCAGUUGAAAUAGCAGAUUGCUUCCUCAAUUUCGAUCUCUUACUUACUCUGUACCAACAAUGUGUGCAUUUUGGAAUAUAUAACUUAACGGAUUUGGAUUCAUGAUCUUUGUAUUGAACCACUACCAGCUCAGGUCCAGUGACUCGAGAAUGUGUGACUUAUAGAUCACGGGUUCGAGCCGUGCAAGCAGCCAGUAAUGCUUGCAUUAGGUUAGGCUGUCUGCAUCGCACCCCUUGGGUGCGGCCUUUUUCUGAAUCUUGCGUGAAUGCGGGAUGCAUUGUGUAUCAAACUGCCUUUUUUGCUGUACAAUCUGAAUGUAUUUUAUUACAAAUUGUAACAAUUUUCCUUAUACAAAUGUUGCUUUAAGUAGGGUGUGAUUGUAAUUGACUUUAAGAUAGGGAACAGAUCCCUUGAGUGUGUGGUCUUCAAUUUGGAAAGAUUUUAAUCCUAAUAGAGAAACAAUUAAUUUUGUGUUUGUA